AAAGUAAUUCAUUAUCAGAGUUGAAGUUUUAAUAAGUGAAAAAAGAAAUACUACUCCGUAUAAAAUAAUUAAAGGGAAAAUAGUGUUAUUUAAUUAUUUACAGAUGGGGAUUCCGAUAAGUGUUCAAUGCGGCGGCAGCGCGGGGAGGAGCAACCCGUGCAGGUGCAAGGUGGUAGGGCCGACGCUGGGGCUCUUGGCCUGUGCGGCGGCGGGGCUGGUGGAGUGGCCGGUGGGGGCCAUAGUGUACCCCUUCCGCCGCACAAAGGGCUGCCGCAUCAUGGCUCAUCCCGCCACCGUCGUCUAUCCCACCGUCUCCAACUCCAUCCCCAUCUGAUCGAUAAUCUGACUCCAUCAUUUCCAAUGUCUUUCAAUUCUGUCUCCUUUUUUUUUUUUUUAAAAAAAAUUGAGUGAUCUU